AUACAACUUAAAGUAUAUAUAUGCAAGCUCAGCUCUGCUGGAGACACACAGCAAGUACGUUCCUCCCAACCAGAUUGCUUCCCUAUCCAGUCAAGAAGACCACAAAGUUCAACAAUGGCCAUCACUGACAUCCUUUCUGCUAAAGAUAUUGAAUCUGCUCUCUCCAGCUGCCAGGCUGAUGAUUCCUUCAACUACAAGUCUUUCUUCUCCACGGUUGGUUUAUCCAGCAAAACUCCUGAUCAGAUAAAGAAAGUUUUUGGAAUCCUUGAUCAGGACAAGAGUGGUUUCAUUGAAGAAGAAGAGCUUCAGCUGUUUCUGAAGAAUUUCUCUUCGAGUGCUAGAGUCCUCACCUCCGCGGAGACCAAGGCUUUUCUGGCUGCAGGUGACACUGAUGGUGAUGGCAAAAUUGGAGUGGAAGAAUUCCAAUCUCUGGUGAAGGCAUAAACAGCAUUAGACCAAAGGCAACCUUGGACUGACUCUUCCAAUUACCUCGUCCAACAAGCACUUCAGAUUCAGCAUGUGUUUGUACAUUUUUAUAUUGUUUCAGGCGUUAACAAUUCCCCAUACAUCAAGUUCACACACCGGAUUGCUGAGAAAUCUUGAAAUGUACAGAUGUUUUGGUCAUGUGGUGUUGUUACAUUUCCACUGUAAAGAAGGCACUUUGUGAUUUUUCAACCACUCAUAAUGUUAAAAUUCUGGCUGGAAGAGGGGAGGAAAAGAAUUUUUAAAAAAUCCCCAACUUUGGGGGAAAAAGCUGCUUUUUAAAUUUUGUUUAGGUUUUCCAUCCUCAUACUUGACCAUGCUGACUCACCAGACACAGUUUUGAUGAUCUUAAACAAUAUGACAUCUUUUAAGGCUUAAUUGUACUGAUUUCACUGAGUUUUAUUUCUGCUUAAUUCUCUGAUCCUUGAGGAAAAGCAAUGCUAACAAGAUAGCUAAAAAUAAUUUAUAUUAAGUCCCAACCCUGAGAAUAUGAGAAAAAAAUUUAAGAGGAGUUGACACAUAGUUCAAAGCAUGGAAUAAGUUUGUGGUUAAUUUUAUAAAAUGAAGUACUAGGCUACAGCAUGUAUCAUCAGAAAGUGUUUAUGGCCUAAAACGUAACCCUCCCUUAAGAAGAUUUAUCUUCCCUGAAAUCUAAGGCAGCUGUGAGAUAGAGGAGAAGGGUCUAAUCCCAACUCUGACACUGUCACAAGUCACAGUCCCCUGACAACAUGGCAUGGCCACAAGCCUGGAGGUUUUUCUGUGAAUCAUGAACAUGUUGCUUAUUACCUCUUAAUAUGUACAAAACAAUAAUACCUUGCCACAUCUGUGAAUUUCUGUGUCUCCUACAGAUGAAACCACAGCCAGUCUUGCUGUUUGAUUACCUUAAAGCUCUGUUACGUUGCUAAAUAACGGCCAUUACUCAAUUCUUUCAUUUAUUAUAUGAAUAAUCAUCUAUAUUAUCCAUAAUAUUAGCAAUUUUCUUAAGUCUGAAAAUUACUAAGAACUAGUCUUUCCUUUGAUAAGUGUAUAACAGGAUUUAGAGCUAGUUACAGCAUUGUCUUCAUUAAUGGACAAAGUAAAUAAUGUUCAUGGUUAAAUGCAGAGCUCAACAGACUGAGUAGAUGAGGUGCAUUUCUGGCUGAGUGGGUUGGAAAUUUCCCCACCAACAUUUAGUUGUUUCCCUUCCCAUCUACCAUGACGUGGUUCCAGCUCACAAGCAGACUGUCAUUUUAAUACUCCCUGCUGAAACUGGAUGAUAAUUAUAACAUAAUUUGGCAGCUGUUUUGAAGAAUGGCAGAAACAAAGCCUUCUGGAACUUUUAUGUAACAUUCAAUGUUGGCAUUUCCAUGAAUUGCGAGAUGAUUAUGUGAGGCAAGUACAGCUCACUCAUACCCAGGCAUGUAAGAGAGCUAUUCGGCAGAUUUAAGACGGCUAAUGCAAAAGAGGAAUUCUAGCAAUCAGACUCACUGAAGCCUUGGCAGAAUUAUAAUGAAUAUAAAACCUAAUUCUAUCCUUACCGCCUUUGAUGUUAAAUCUGGGCUUAAAUUAUAGCUGCUGUUAAUUGCAGCACUGAAAUAUUUUGCAUAAUGAUGAGACUCUGUUGGUUCCUUUUACUUUAUUCAUUUUCCUAUCUGCUGAAGAAAAAACCCCAAAGCAAUCCAGAUCUGCAGUAAUACACAGAUGUAAUAUAUACAUUAUCUCCUCACACUGCUAAUCACUAAAAUAUCAUGUCACUAGUUCACAAGCAGAUGGCACACACAAUACCAUAAGUGACAGACCUGAUACGGCAUUCCUUGUGCAUCUGAAAGUCUCAUGUGCAAUGCAAGAAAUGCAAGACUACAUAGUGGCCUAUCCUGUAUUUCAGAGAUGCUAAACAACUGAACAUCACUGCCUUCUGUUGCCACAAGGGGGAAUUAAGUACUUCUGAGAAUCGGGCGAUUCUUGUGUAUGUUGCAACUUUAUGUAAAACUUAGAUAAUAUUGUUUAUGAGAAAAUCUGUUCUUCUUAAACAGUAAAUUGUGGCAAGAACGUAAGUUUUAAAUCUUAUUAAAACCAUCCAGCCAUUUCAUUAGAAGGAAUUACAAUAAAACUCAAAAAAAUCCCCGAUUUUAAACAAAGCCCAUAGACCAUUCAGCAAAAACGUCUAGUCCCUAAUAAGUCUUCUGUUGGCACUAGGACCCACACUUGUAGAGAUAACCAAACCAGAAGAGAAUAUUUUCUACCUAAAAGAAACAAAUUCGAAAAAUUUAAAGUUUUCUUGGAAGGUUCAUUUCAAUGAAUUCAAGUUCAGCCAGUGGCAGCCUUCAAUUUUCUUGGGGAAUAGCAUAUUCCCUAAGUGUUCUCUGAACUUGACAAUGUCAUUGCACUAGAGAAAACCUUUGAUUGCAAGAUGUCCAUGUGGAUGCCAUCUGAAGUAGUAAAGAGACAAAUGGUGAUAUCACAAUGUUACCACAAUUAAGGUAUAGAAUCACAGAGUAAUUAAUGCUGGAAAGAAUCUCUGGAGGUAUCUGGUGCAAUCGCUUCCUCAGAAGGCCAACUUAGGGCACAUUGCUCUAAGCUGAGUUUGAGUAUCUUCAAGGAUGGAGGUUCUAUAACAUCUCAGGACAAUCUAAUAAGUAAGGAUUAAACCCUCUGCAUCAACCUUUUAUGAAUGAAGUACACAAAUAAAACACUGCUGAGUACACAGUUAAAAGCCAAAAUUCUGUUAGAAAUUGUUUAUGCUACAUCAAAUCAGAAAGGAUCUAACAACACCCUGCAUUAUCACACUGAUAACCUGUUCUCAGGUUUAGAGUUAGACCGUCCUACUUGGUGUAAUACUCAGUAUAAUACUGCUUCAUAAUUCUCAGGAUAAAGGAAACGUUUUUUAUAUGGUUUACCUUUACUUAAGACAAUUAAACAGCAACCCAAAAUGUGAAUGGCUGAUCUGAGUUUCACUGAGCCCAAAGACUGUAAGUUCUCAGACACAUCUCAUUCCCCUCAUUACCCCAUAUGAGAAGUUUAAUUUCUAAUCCUCUCAAUACUUCUUGUAAAAUAAAGACGUACUAUGAUCUCUUUAAAGUGGGAACUAAACACAAAGAAAUUGAUUGUCCUACACAAGCUCUUAGAAAAGGGAUAUAGAAGACCAGGGUGUUGAACCCCAUAUCCCAAACCCACCCUAGUGCUCUAGCCACUGAAUCCAUCAUCUCUCUUAAACCAAAAUUUUGAGUUGUCCUGAUAAAGGAGCAGAGUCAUGCAGAAGAUAAAAUCUCCUGGUAUUUAGUGGAAGCUGGCUGCCUCCUAACUUCAUGUUCCUUUGGAAAUCCCAACUUAGAGCCAUUUGUAAACUUCAGAUUCAGUUUCAGCUCUCCAACUGUUCAAAAUCUCACAGUCAUCUUCUAACAAGUAAGAGAGCACAGAAAGGGCAAGGGGAUGUCAGAACAUUCAUUGCACACAUAGAUUGGUAAAGUUUCUUCUUUGAGUUAGCAGCCAGCCCAUGUGGAAAAUCUUUGAUGCAGCAUCAUGAGAGGCGCCUGGAGCUCUUCACACAAACAGUGUGGGCAGAGGGGGCCAAGGCUGGAUUCAUUUCCUGGAAUGAGUUACUGAAAUAGAUACAUCUUGAUUAAAUCCCUGAACAGACAUGUACCUAACAUUUUCGUGCUUAAUUUUUCAUAUAUUUUAAAACACUUUAAUAAAUGGAUGCUGUGGAAUAUGAACUAA